AUGAAGCUUGCAGAUUUGCAAGCACAGCGAGUGACAAGUGAAGCCCAUUCAGCGGUACGCCUGAAUGCGAAAAUUUUCGAGCAGUCGAACACUAGUGCUCUGGUUGUGUUGAACCUCCCGGAGCCACCGAAAAAAGAAUCUUCUCUUGGCAACUACAUGGAAUAUCUCAGUGUGCUCACCCAUAAACUGCACCGCGUACUUUUGGUUCGUGGCAGUGGUACCGAAGUGAUUACAAUGUACUCAUAA